AGUCUGUAGUUUACAGGGCAUAAGCUCACCUCGAGUCCCUAAGGCCUAAAACAUUUAGAGACGACCUAAGUCCAACAAGUUACAGUAAACCUAUGAACUAUGAAGAUGCUCGGUCUCCACUCUUCAGUCAUCUCUGACAGAUUUCCAUGGGGUGCUUUUAAAGGGGUGUAAAACGAUACUAAAUAUAAAUAAAUAAAAUAUAUACUAAAAUAUGGAAAGGAGUUUAUAUUCUAGGUGGAUCUCAUGCCUUGCCAUUAUUUAUUUUCACAUCUCCAAAAUCCCAUCUCUCUCUCUAUCUCCUUCUUCCAAAAACAUCUUUAUAUCUCCCUGAAACAUUCAUCUUCUCCGCAACAAACAUCUAAUUCACCUAAAGCAAUUUGAGUAAGCCAGCCAUAUCUAUUCAACAUGAACAACUACCGCCACAGGGAAGAAAACUCACCAUUAUGUGAUUUUCAUCCAAAGCAAGCCAUUAUAGGAAUAUGUCCGCUUUGCUUGAAAGAGAGACUCGUCAUAUUAGCUUCAAAACAAGGAAGUCUUGAUAACUUCAUUCCUUAUUACAAAGAAUCAUCAUCAACUGUUCAUCAUGAAACCAGUACUGCCACUUCUAACAAUGUCCAUCACAGGAAUAAAUCUGUCCUUGCAUUAAAAAUAUUCGCUUUAAGGUCUUUCCUUCACCGGCAUCUCGAGUUCCGCAAGUCAUCGGACAAUUUCCAUGUUGUUGAUGCUGAUUGCCAAGGUUAUGAAUCAACCAGCCAAGAAGAUUCAUUCAUCUCAAUCAAGUUCCAAGACAAUGAAGUAGUAUCAUGGGAUAAGGGGACAAAGAAUGCAAAGGAAGAAAACCUUGAAAAAUUGUCUAUCAACUUAACCAACAAGGAGCAAACAAGAAUCAGUGCUAAGAACCAGGAUAUAAGAUUGCCAUCAACAACAACAACUACUAGCAGUAUCAACAAGAAUAAUAGUAGUAGUGUGGUAGAGCAUGUGAAGUCACAUGCGGUGCUUAAGUGGCGUAAACGUAUUGGCCAGUUAUUUCAGAUCAUGAGAUGGAAGAAAAGAUCAUCAACUAGUAGUAACAAAACUAAUGUCAACCAUGUGAUGAUCAACAAUAGUGGGGGUGCUAAGAUGAGGAAAGGAAAUUGGAUAAGAACCCUAACAAAGAGGAGAUAAAGAGAGCUAUAAUGACUUGUGAUGAAAAUAUUGGACCAUCUUUUGGCAAAGGGGGAAAACAAAAUGGGUGGCAUAAGAAGACGUUGUAAUACUUGUCUUUUUUCACACUUUUUUCUUCUUCUUUCUGUUAGCAUUUGUUUUUCUUCAAGCUUAGCCCCACUUUCCUUGUGGUGUGUGUGUUAGGGUUAGGUUCCACUUCCUUCCAAUGUCAUACUGUAAAGCUAUAUAACAUUAUUGAAAAAGAAGAAGGCAGCAAAGAGUCAAAAGAGAAAGGUCAUCUUUUUAUUUAUAAAUCUCUUUUGAUUAGUGUA